ACCCACCACCCACACCAGCAACGCCCAGAUGGCCCAUCAACAGCAGCAGCAAGUACAGCCAGCCAUCGAACAGCAGCAGCUCAAGCAGAACAACAACAGCAAUACCACCAACGACAACGACCACCACCACCUUUCGAUCAAAAGAGAGAAAUCAAUGACCACACUCAGAAAAAAACAAUCCCAACGCUUCACAGUUGCUCAUACUAGUAAUCCCGGCUCAUCCGAACCGGUGCCUCCGCUCCCCAACGCACUCAAUCCACCCACUCACGAACUCAGGCCACCCUCGAUCUCAUCCACCAGCGAUUCCGAUUUCAGUCCGCUCACUCAAACCCAUUCCCAGUCGAACUACAUGCCUAACCCACACGCCUCCUCCUUCGACCCGGCCUCGAUCUUCGGAAAUCAGUUCUCAACCGGCCCGCCUCCAAUCAGUCGUACCGGUACCAAUCUCUCAUCCGUCGGCUCCGCUGCCCCCAGCGCCAUCGGUAGCAUGAACAUGAACACCACAUCUACCAACCAGAGUGGCCCGGCACCCGAAGGGGACGAUGACAUCAUCCCAACCGCCAUUGUGAUCAAGAACAUCCCUUUCAGCGUCAGACGCGAGCAGCUUUUAGCCAUCAUUGAGGAUUUGAUGAUUCCUUUGCCUUAUGCAUUUAACUAUCACUUUGACAACGGCGUGUUUCGUGGAUUGGCGUUUGCGAACUUCCGAUCGGCGUCAGAGGCCGAUGCAGCCGUUGCCGGACUCAAUGGAUUUGACAUUUCAGGACGAAAGUUACGUGUUGAGUAUAAGAAAGUGCUCCAAGCCGGGGAGAAGGAGCGAAUCGAGAAGGAGAAAGCGAUCAAGCGAAUGCGAUCGAUGCAGUUACAGAAAGAAUCGACUCUGCUCGACCAAUACUCCGUCCAUUCACAACCCGCCAUGCCCUCUUCAUCCACCCAUAUCUCCUUUGGAAACUACACCAGUCAUGAGGACGAGUAUCGAGGACUAGGUGGCAUGCACAACCAUCCCCCCAUGCCCUCUUCGAUCCCACACCGACCUUCACAAUCGGUCUUGAAUUCGAACUCUAACCAGCAUCCCUUCCUGUCCUCAAACCACGAGCUCUCGAGUGCACAGCAGGCCUUUGAAAACUUCUCACUCUCUGGGGCGUUGGAGUCGAAGCAGUCGAAGGAGCUAGACAUGAAUGAUCCACAGACGUUGGAGCUAUACUCCAGGGUGGUAGUGUUCAAGGAAGACAAGUUGCGGGACGAGCUGGCGUUCGCCAAGUCCUUAAGUGGACCGCAGCGGCGGAUCGUACACCAGAUCGCGAAGAAGCUUGGCCUGGUGCACCGUUCGGAAGGCGUGGGUGAGGAGCGAUUUGUGGUGGUGUCCAAGCUAGCCUCAGGAGGAGCGCCACGGAUCAGUCGGGUGGCCAGUUCGGCGAACAUGGGCCGGGCGGCGAGUGGCCAGCAGGGCGCGAUGGGAGCCGGUCAGGGCAGGUACGACGGUGGUCUGGGUACCAAUUCGAGUGCGCUUCGGAUGAAGAAGUCGAUGCCCGACAUGCGCGUCCGAGAGAUGAGCUCAGGCGUCUUCUAUCCCGAACCUAGUCCACGCGACCUACUCGGCCGCAAAUCGAACAUCAAUCUCCGCGAGAACCUCGGCUCUAAGCAGAGCCCAUUCUCAUUCCAACAACCUGACGAAAUCCCUUCGGUCUCCAUCAUCCCUAAUCAUCAUCAUCAUCAUCACCAUCAACAGCAGCAGCAACAGCAGCAACAACUUUCAUCCUCAUCUCUCUCAAAUAAUAACCCUCACCAAAUCAUCCGUCAACCUAAAGGGCCUGAGGGUGGGGCUGGCAAAGGCUUCGCCACUUCCCAACUCCCGUCCCUUCGAUCUCCACUCCACCAUCAAUCCUCGAGAACCGACCUUACUUCUGUCUUCGGGACCGAUGACCCGUGCCGUCCUUCUGAAAACCUCUAACCUUUGAACCCCCCCCUCUCUCUCUUACAUAAAUAUUUUAUUGGAUCGGCUCUUUCAUUUCAUCUUAAUAUUACUCCCUUUCUUUUAUAAGCAAACUUUUUGAUGUCCUUGUUUUCUUUAUAUCUACAUAUAUAGUUGUUUAAUAUUUUUUUCUCAUGAUCUGCUUUCCUUGCCCUCUCUCUCUCUCUCUCUCUCCCUUUUUUCACAGAGCUAUACAGCCUUGAGAUCCACACCGCGUCUCCCUAUAUUCCUCACCCCUUCUUUUUCGAUCUACCUCAAACUUCUUUACUUUCACACUUCCUCAUCUUUCUUUCUUUCCCCCCUUUUUUUUUUGUUGAUAAUAAUGUUGGUUUUUUUUUUUUGUUUCUUUGUGCAUGUUUUAUAAUAUAAAA